CCAACGUACCGACUGGCGUCGCGUCGUCGCGAGCGAAAACAAAAUAUGUCUUCGUACUCGAGCGAGCUGUCACGCUCCCAGGAAUAUCUGAGCUUUCGCAGCUCCGUACCGCUCAGGAAGAUCGUCGUCGACGCCGACGGCACUAAGGGAUGGAAGGUGUACGACUCUAACCCAAAGACCAUCAAGUCCCCGCUUAUAUGUCUUCCACCUGUCUGUGGUACGGCUGAUAUUUUUUUCAGACAAAUAUUGAGCCUGGCUGCCAAAGGUUACAGAAUUAUCGCAGCUGAAGCACCGGUAUAUUGGAGCAUAAAGGAGUGGUGCGACGGAUUCAGAAAACUGUUGGAUUAUCUAGAACUUGACAAAGUCCACAUCUUUGGUGCUUCCCUAGGUGGCUUCCUGGCGCAGAAAUUCACAGAGAUAAAUGCGCACUGUCCUAGAGUGGUGUCUCUGAUUUUGUGCAAUACCUUUACGGACACUUCUGUAUUCAGUUACAAUGAUUCCGCAGCGGUCUUCUGGAUUUUGCCCUCGUUGGUGCUGAAGAAAAUGGUAAUGGGAAACUUUGCAACGGAGAAAGUCGACGGAGAGAUUAUAGAGGCGAUUGAUUUUAUGGUGGAACGGCUCGAGAGUUUAACACAGCCCGAAUUAGCGUCACGUUUGACAAUGAAUUGCAUAAAUUGUUACGUACAACCUCAAAAAAUAUGUCAUUUACCUGUGACAAUAAUAGACGUUUUUGACGAAUAUGCGAUAUCAAAUGCCGUUAGAGAAGAAAUGUACAAAUGCUAUCCAAGUGCAAAACUAGCACACUUGAAAAGCGGCGGGAAUUUUCCAUAUUUAAGUCGUGCCGCCGAAGUCAAUUUACAUUUGCAGAUUCACUUAAGACAGUUCGAAGGCACGGAAUACACGGCUUUAGAAAAGAUUAAGAUUUAGCGCAAUGUAUUUACGUUAGGGAAACUGUAAUAAAAUCCAGAAACUGUAUAUAAGUAUUGAUUGUACGGAGGUUCUCCUUUGCUCACAUGUGGAUGUUAAGACUGUAGACAACCUCUAUGCCUUUUGCAUUAAGCCAAACAUAUAAUUUUUUAAUAUAAUAUAAUUUUUAGUGGUGGUAUAUUUGUUAUAUAAUGCAAAAGUACCUUAGGAUAUAAUUAUGUGACAUGACGUAUGUAUUGUUACCUAAUAUGUUACCUGUUUCAUUCUUUAAAUAUAAAAAGCAUUUAUAUUUUCUAA